AUGUGCGACACACGGUGGACUGAGAGACAUGAUUCUGUGCUCCAAUUUGACAGCAAAUUCGAGAAAAUUGUAGAGGUACUAAAUAUCAUAUCAAAUUGGAAAGACCGCGAAGCUUCUUCAAAAGCGGAGUCUUUGAAGACUGCCAUUACUUCCACCGAAUUUAUCGUAUCACUAAAGUGUUUGUGUGAUUUGUGUGAUAUAUUAGCUUUAACAGUCAACCUGAGUAAGAUUUUACAAUCAAAAACAACCGACAAACAAUACGCUGUCAAACUCAUAGGAAAUAUUUCAGUUGUACGAGAGAGAUUUGAUUGCCGAUGGUUUUCAACUAUAAAAGAAAGUCGGAACGAGGAAGCACCUGGACAGAAACAUCCAUGGAACAUGCAUUGCAAGCAGUGCGUAACGGGGAGUCGAUAAGAAAAGCGUCUUUAAUAUAUAACAUUCCAUUCUCAACGCUCCUUAAGCAUGUGAAGUCUAAUAAAACUACUAAAUCUCGGGGCAGAUUUAAGAAG